AUGGCCACCGCUCACCCCCUGCUCCUCCUUCCUCUGCUCCUGGCCUUGGCCUGGGCCCAGUGCCCGGCGCCGGCGGAUCUGAAGAACGCGGACGGGAGCAAGAUCUGUGCCCAACUGUACACCGACGACAGCCCCUACUAUGCCCAGUGCUGCGGGGGCAACGUGCUGCAGGUGCAGCCCGGCGACGACGUCCCCUACAUACCGCUCGGCUGGAACGACAAGAUCUCCUCCCUGGUGGUGGCGCCGCGCUGCGAUAUCAGCGUCUGGUCCAGGAAGGGCAAGAAAGGCUACAGCCGCAAGUUCAACAGUGGGGUGGUAUAUCGGCUGCGGGAGAUCAAGAAGGGGCUCUUCGGGGACUGGGACAACUCCAUCUCCGCCUACUACUGCAAGUGCAACUGAGGCGAGGCCAGGGGAGAAGCAGUGAGGCCAGGCCUCCAGCCGGGCCAAGCCUUUAUCCCACCGUUGGCACCAAACCUUCCGCCGGGCCAAGCCUUUAUCCCACCGCUGGCACCAAACCUUCCGCCGGGCCAAGCCUUUAUCCCACCGCUGGCACCAAACCUCCAGCUGGGCCAAUCCUUAAUCCCACCGCUAACACCAAACCUCUAACUGGGCAACCUGCAUCCCUGACAGCUUUGGUAUUCAGUGCCUGCACACCACCAUGCUGUCCGCCUCCAGGAACAGCUAUCCCACAGCGCCUGAGUGAUUGCUGCCAGCUCACAGCACCAUGGGUUCGCGCCCACGUCCCCAGCCCCCUCGGGCUGAGGCGUCUGGAAUGGCUUUAGCCCAGCUUUCGCAGGUGGGCUGUUUGUCUGAAACCUGGGUGAUUUUCCGGCAAGAACACGCCACUGGAAAAGCAUCUCGGCAUCAGGGAGCUGUGGAGAGCGGCUGGUAAAUUCCCCUUUAAAUUUCAAACCCCGUUGGGGGGCGGCUGUGUCAAUCUGAACUUUAUCCAGCACCUACCGCAUUCUCGGCAGUACCAAAUAACCAUCAGUUGAUAUUAACAAAUAGAUCACAAACUUCAGCUUUUAGCUGGUCCGAGCGACCUAAUUCAGCAUCCAUCUAGCAGCCAGAGAGGUUCAAUGCUCUGCUUCAUACUUCCCGGCGGCGGUAAUCUUCGAGCACGUAGACCUAGCGUGGUUUUACCCCCUAGAUCCGAUUCUCAUCAAACCCUCUCCCCCACCCCCGAGCUUUUAUCACGC